UACCCACCGCGCGAAACCAUAGAGUUCCCAGGCCGGUUUUUUCCUGCCUUUUUCAGUGGCGGCGCCCGACGGAAGGGAGCCGAGGCGGCGCCUGCGCGUCGGCGUGCGUGAGGCCUAAGGAGGUGUUGGCGUACACACACGUACGUGUGCGCGUUGGCAGGCACGCACAGGCACAUCUGCACGUGCACGCAGGCAUACCUGCCAGGGGACGUACACAUGACCACACCUACGGAGACGUGUCCGCAGGGGCCUACGUGUCCGCAGGCACGCACGUAUGCUCGUGUGUACGCGAGCGCGUAUGGUGUACGCACGUGCGCGUGCAUGCGCAUCGAUACGCAGCAGGCGCGCGGGCACACGUGUAUACGCGCACGCGUAACAUGCCUUUGCACGUGCACACGCACACGCACAACCCCGCUCGCACGCCCGCCCUGCUGCAGGCAGGCGAGCAGGCAGCCGUCGAGGCGCACGCGCGGCCCGGGGGCGGUGGCGCAGCAAGGGGCCGUCGCUGCUGUGGGCAAGGAGAGCGGCCGCCACCACCUUCUCGCCCCUCGGCGAGGUCUCCACCGAACCCCGCCACCGCCAAGGCCCGCCACCGCAGCGUCAGGCCCGUCCGGCGGGCCCCGUGGCAGCCCGCCCAGGGUUUGUCAAGUUUAAUCUGGGCAGGGUGCCAGGGCUGGCCGGCGGGAGGGAGCGGAGGAAGGGGAAUGGCCGGUGACCUCUGGAGAGGAGCCCGCGCUGGAGCCGUAUGCGGCCGCUGCUGCCGCCGCCGGCCGAGGCACGCGAGGACAGGCGGCGUCCGGCCGGGCCACCCCAGCCGCGUCGGGCCCCUUGGCAGGCGAGGGAGGAGAGGACGGGGAGAGCAAGGGCUGGGCGGCCGGCUCGUGGCGAGGCACAGGGGGGGCCUGGCCAUCGCAGCCCGCAGCGGCGGGCAGGUGGGCAGAGGGCCGCUACGGUGUAAAUUUAGGUCACCAAAAGCCCGAUGUUAUUCAAACCCAAAUCCCUGCGGAGGGCAGGACUGGCUGGCGGGGAUGGGAGGGUCAGGGAGCAGCGAGGCCUGGGCGUGAGGCCCUAAGGGUGGGCAAGAAACCCGCUGGUCCUGCGCAGCCCUGCCUGAAGCCUGCCUCGCUCAUCUGCCCCUACAAAUAAUUUUUCCCUUCCUUCCCGGGUCACUUCUUCCCUUUCCCUCCCCUACCUACGCCCAGGCCUAUGCGUUGCAAGUAUGCUUUUUGAGGGAUUUUAAAAGCACAAGUAAAAUUUGCGUUUUGGCAGGUCAGUGUUGAAAGCAGGCUGAUCAAAUAAUUUCAAAAUUGGGCAACACAUCCAAAAUUUGACCUUUUGGGGUUUUGACCUUUUUUUAGGCAUUACAUAUGGGGAGCUGCAAGCGUGGGGCGGGGAGGAGUAAGUACAAAGAAAAAAGGAAAACAGAUCUGAGUCUUUUUUACAUUAUCCCUUAAUAAAGGAAAUUAAAUAGAGGUGGUUCUACCCUGGCAAAGAGUAUACAUU